UUGAUUUUAGGGAUUUUCCUCCAAUACGGACAUGCACUUUGGGUGCAUUUUCGUCUUUUCCCUCCGGCUGCACUCGUCGUCACCGGUUGAUCUCGGUGCUGAGAAAUGGAAACAUCAGCAAGCGCCAUUCCGUUUUUCUCUGCCCAUAAUCGAUGUGUCAUAGGUCAAGUCGAUGAGAUACCACUGGCAGUCUCUGGCGACCAGUUGACGCCGUGUCCUCCGACGCACCACCGGCGACCACCGGCGACCACCUCCCUCGAGGAGCUCCCAGUUGCAUAAUCCAAGGUGUGACUCCAUCGGGCACCAUCUUCGUCUUAGAGCGAUACCUGCAUAAUGGCUCGGCCCACCACGAGGAGGCGCCACUCGGACCUGAUUAGAUUCGAGUCCGUCGCCAGGAUUUCGAGUUUCCCUCUGGUCGAGAGCAGCAUUCACAUCGUCGGAAAUGUCUACGACAGGAUCAAGCGCUCGAAUUCCUUGAUGAGCUGGAGCCUCGAAACGGCGGAGCACUCUUUGACGAUAGCGACUGCAUCGGCGAGGCCAGCGAUCUUUGCACUAAACGGCCCCAUAUCGACGAUCGAUAUGCUGUUGUGUAGAGGAAUAGAUAUCGUCGAGCAGAGAGUACCAGCGGUCCAUCUUCCUCCGCAGCUUAUCUACUGGAACACCCGGGAGUACGUGAACAACAAGUUCGUAAGGCCGGUGCUGAUAAGAGCCGGUAGCAUGAAGCAGAUCGGCAGCCAAGCCGCGAAUGCAGCAGCGGAUAGAUUGGACGGUGCCCUGACCGUCGCCGAUAAGUACGUCGAUCGGUUCCUGCCGGCAGACCCUGCUGAUAAGGCUGCGGAAGAAGUGUCCACGGAUUCUAACCCAGGGGAGCCCGUCAGCAAGACCGCGCGCACGAUCAAGCAUGGCGCCCGAUUUUCCCGGAAGUUGCAGAAGCGAUUGACGCGCCGCACCCUGGCGGAGGCUCGAGCUUUGAAGGAACAAGGAACGGAGUGCAUUCACGUGCUGCUGUACGUGGUGGAGCUGCUCGCGACAGACCCGAAGUUGGCCCUGAAGAAGGCCAAGGAGCUCUGGGCGACGUUGAGCCUCCCGGAGCCCGAGAAUCAGGCUCGCCCUGCCACCCUGGAACAGUUGCUGGUCCUCCUGACAAGGGAAUCUGCUCGUCGUCUCGUGCAUCUCGUCAAUGGAACCGCAGCAUUGGCUGCGAGGACGCCUCGCCGUUUGGCAACCAUUUUCGUCAACGUCUCGCACAGAUUGCUGGCUCUUCUGGAAGCCACGAUAAAGAUAAUUCCUGCGAAUCGUGGACGGGAUGCUGCAUCUUCUCAGGUGUCCAUGGUGCACGAGGCGAUCGUCAGGCUGAGCGAUACCACGAAUUUGUUCUUGGAACAACUCGCAGCAUUCCUGGCUGGUCGACCGGAGCCGCAGAAGAUGAGCCAGAAGAGCCAGAAGAACCACAACAACCACAUGGUGACAUCGAGCCAACCCGUGAACGGCAUCGAGUAAUGGGGACCAUAAGAAGGAGAGACGUCCAAGCCGUAUCCGCAGCAUCUCCUGGGUUUACUAAAAGCUCGACGUCUAAUUGCGUAUCGUACUUUAUCAUUAAGGUGAAGUGAAACACCUCGAGGAACUUGAUCGACGUCGGUAAAAAAGAUCUUCUUAAAUGCCUACUUUUUUAUAUCGACAGCUGGAUCGAAUUAUAUUGGGUAUUGUACCAAAUGGUAUACUCCAUCUGUCGUUUUCCUACAAUAAUUAUAAAGUGAUCCAAGUAAAGCUCUAGAAGUCCUUAGGAUUCGUGGUUUCCGAGGCCCUAAUUGACUGCAGAGGGACCCCCUGCGCCAUCUGUGAUUACCAGGUCAACUAAACUUUCACUCCGAUACCUUGCAUUACCAUCGUUUUGGCACAGAAGCGCAGAAGAGCCUUUUUUUGCCUUUAUCCCGUUCAAAUGCGAGUUCAUCGAUUACCAGAGUGUUCUAAAUUGUCGUUAAAUUGUCCUGAUCCUUUCGU